UUUCCUCGCCCAUUUUCCCCAAGGGCGUCGCCGCUUUCACAAAUAUGUUCGGGCUGUUGCUAUUCUCCUUCUGCGUCGCUGGGUGGGCGGCCUCUACGCCCACGGGAGAUGCCACUUCCGAGACGCCCUACGCCCACGAGAGGUGCCCUUGCGUCGUCCUUCGUCAGGAGGAUUUCGCUCACUUGCUCGCCGACUUCAGGAACAUCUCUGAAGGUGAUACUACAAUGAUGGCACAAAUGGAACAGCUGUCCCAGACGCAGAAAACGCAGACUCUGCAACUAAAUCAUAGUCUGCAUGAGGUCACGCCCGGCAUGCAGCGCCUUUCGGAGGUCCUCUCUCCCUUGCUGCAGGAGGACAGCAUCUUCGGCAGAGACGCUUUCGUAAGAGAACUGCUGGUAAAUAUAAAAGAACAGGAGAGCCAGAUGCAGGACCUGCGUCGGGAGUGGACUCGGACGGCCGCCGCCACGCGACACCUUGAGGACGACGACCUGACUCUUCAGAUCGACCUCAGCCUCCAGGAGAUUCAGCAACGGGAGGACGCGAUCGAACAAGUGAAGCUAAGUAUCCAGGACACGAAUGAAGAGAAUCAGCAGCACCUAGCCAAAGCCAGUGCCACAGCCGUCGAAACACUUUCCCGUCGAGGCGAAAUGCAAGCACUGAAGGGCCAGGUGACGCAGCUGAAAGCACUUUACGCUCAAAAGCAGGCGACCAAGACCCAGCUGGAGCAGCAGAUCACCGAGCUGGAAAGCGACAAGAGUGAAAUCCAGCAGGAAAUAGCUCAGCUGGAAAAGAAAGCGAAAAUCCUCAAGAAUGUUAUAGUCGUACCUAAUGAUGAGAAAACGAGCCUACAAAAAUCGAUCGCAUGGUUAAAGGAGGCUAUAAAGAAGAGGCAGACAGAAAAUACCCAGUUCCAAAUAGCAAUUGCUCAACUGAAUGGCACAAUAAGUCAACUGGUAACUGAGAAUGAACUGCAGAGCAACAAAAGGGAGACUAUCAAAGCAGAAUUAAAGGGACUUCAAGUUUCACUGAAUUUCCCUGAGGAACAAGAAAGAUCAGCAGCAAGAAAUUUUUGCGGCGACAGAAAGAGAACGUCUGAGCGACUGUAUUUAGCAAAUAUUAUCUGGCACAUUUCCGACGCAUACCUCCUCUACAGUCUAUAUGUGAAGCUACAGUUUUUCUGAACCUUAGGAGGAGACUUUCGAUGGGCAAUAUCCUUUCCAUAGAUCGUCGCGCAUAUAUGUUACUCAGAUUCUAGUUUAGUUCAAAAUCCUAAAUGGCAAGGGACUUUUCAGUCUGCAUGGGUCUCUCAAAGCAUUUUCUCCUCUCAACAGAAAUCCGUAGCUGCACAAACAUCAGCGAAGUUUUGCAGGCAAGGACAAGCCUCAACGAGAACCAAAUCCGGGAACAGCAAGAAGCGAACACCCAGCUGAAAGCAAAGCGCAGGGAGAUGGAGGAGAGAAUCCGCCAGGCAAGGAUCACCAAGCAACAGUUGCAAGAAAAGCUCCUCCAACUGCAGAUGGAGGAGCUGCAAUUGAAACACGAGGAAGUGCAGGCCAAGACGAAGAGCCUGGAAGCCAAGUCCGCACUUCAGAAGGCAGUAGGAGAGGAAGCCCAACUGAACAGCGAGAUUGGUCUGCUCGAGCAAGAGCUUCAAUUUGCCAAGGAACGAGACCAACACAUUGAAACCCUAGUUGAUAUUCUUAGGCAAAAUGUUACGCAGGCUAUCAGUGCUAAAAGCACUUUAAUACAGAAUAAAAACGACCAAGCGGAUUUGGUAACCUCCCUGAGUCAGACACUAAAUAACACAGUAGACAUGAUAAAUCACUUAUCGCAAGAAAAUAACCAACUGAGAGAGAAAAAAGACCAAAUCGACGCAGCCUGUCAGAGCCUCAAGGAAACGAAACAACACUUGGAACAAAAGCGAGGCGCUCUUACCACUCAAAGAGCAAAAUUGAGCACCAGUGUAGAACAAGUGACGGAAGAGAAGGAUCGACUUCUGUUAAGUAUUGAAACACUCAACAUGGAUCUGGACCAAAUUGAAUUUAACCUCAGGAAAGCAAAGCAGGAGCUUUCUACCUGUGAUCGCUUGAGUGAUAUCGAAUGGGUAUUUUGAUAAAAUUUGACAUGUAUGGCUUGGAUGAUAUUGUGUUAAUUACAUGCAUCCAUAAUCUCCCAGCUUAAUAAUAUCAGAUCCCUAACAUAAGAGUAUGUAAAUAUAGGCUGCAAAAUCCUCUAUAAAUAUAUCAUUGAUCACUUUUAGAAAGAUAGGUAAAGAAAUUGUUCCUGU